CUGGGCAGCAUGGCCAUUGGGCCUGCCCUGUGGCUGGGCCCUCUGCUCCUGCUUUCCCUCUGGGGACUCUCAGCUCCAGCCUCCCUUCUCAGGCGCCUGGGUGAGCACAUUCAGCGGAUUCAGGAAAGCUCUAGCCUGGGCCCAGGCCUGGGCCUGGGGCCAGGUGCUGUGGCCCUUCCAAAGGUGGGGUGGCUGGAGCAGCCGCUGGACCCCUUCAAUGUAUCGGACAGAAGAUCCUUCCUGCAGCGUUACUGGGUGAAUGACCAACAUUGGGCUGACCAGGAUGGACCUGUAUUCCUGCAUCUGGGGGGCGAGGGCAGUCUUGGGCCUGGCUCAGUGAUGAGAGGGCACCCUGCAGCCCUAGCCCCAGCCUGGGGGGCCCUGGUGCUAAGCCUGGAACACAGAUUUUAUGGCCUGAGUGUUCCUGCUGGGGGCCUGGACAUGGCCCAGCUUCGCUUCCUGUCUAGCCGCUACGCGCUGGCCGACGUGGUCUCCGCACGUGUGGCGCUCUCCCGCCUCUUCAAUGUCUCCUCCUCCAGCCCCUGGAUCUGCUUCGGAGGCUCCUACGCCGGCUCCUUGGCCGCCUGGGCCCGGCUGAAGUUCCCCCAUCUCAUUUUCGCCUCCAUCGCCUCCUCCGCCCCGGUGCUGGCAGUGCUGGAUUUCUCCGAGUAUAAUGACGUGGUGUCCAGAAGCCUAAAGAGCCCGACGAUUGGCGGGUCCCUGGAGUGCCGGGCGGCGGUGGCCGCUGCCUUCGCGGAAGUGGAGCGGCGGCUGAGUGCUGGCGAGGCCGUUCAAGCAGCGCUGGGGGCCGAGCUGGGCGCGUGUGGGUCCCUGGGCCGCGCUGAAGACCAGGCGGAGCUGCUGGGGGCGCUGCAGGCACUGGUGGGAGGUGUGGUGCAAUACGACGGGCAGGCGGGAGCGCCACUGAGCGUACGACAGCUCUGCGGACUCCUCCUCGGGGGCGGGGGCAACCGCAGCCACCCCACGCCUUUCCGUGGGCUUCGUCGGGCGGUGCAGAUUGUCCUGCACAGCCUGGGUCAGAAGUGUCUAAGCUUUUCCCGAGCAGAGACAGUGGCACAGCUGAAGGCCACAGAACCCCAAGUGUCUGGCGUGGGUGACCGGCAGUGGUUGUACCAGACAUGUACUGAGUUUGGCUUCUAUGUCACCUGUGAGGAUCCUGGAUGUCCUUUCUCCCAGCUCCCAGCACUGCCCUCCCAGCUAGACCUAUGUGAGCAGGUGUUUGGACUCUCAGCCUCAUUUGUAGCCCAGGCUGUGGCCCAAACAAACUCCUACUAUGGUGGACAGACUCCGGGGGCAACUCAAGUGCUGUUUGUUAAUGGGGACGCAGACCCCUGGCAUGUGUUAGGUGUAACACAGGCCUUGGGAUCCUCGGAGUCAGUUCUUCUCAUCCCUAGUGCCUCCCACUGCUUGGACAUGGCGCCUGAGAGGCCCUCAGACUCCCCCAGCCUCCGGCUAGGGCGCCAGAGCAUCUCCCAGCACCUGCAGACCUGGCUCAGGUUGGCAAAGGAGAGCCAGGUUAGGGGUGGGGUCUGA